AUGGCGGCUUCAUCGUCCUCAGCAUCCACAACAACCAGCAGCAGCAGCAACUCGUCGUACAACUCGCCGUGCGCGGCGUGCAAGUUCCUCCGCCGGAAAUGCACCCCGGGCUGCAUCUUCGCGCCCUACUUCCCGCCGGAGGAGCCGCACAAGUUCGCCAACGUCCACAAGAUCUUCGGCGCCAGCAACGUCACCAAGCUCCUCGCCGACCUGCCACCUCACCAGCGCCACGACGCCGUCGCCUCCCUCGCCUACGAGGCCGAAGCGCGUGUCCGCGACCCCGUCUACGGGUGCGUGGGCGCCAUCACGUUCCUCCAGCGCCAGGUCCACCGCCUCCAGAAGGAGCUCGACGCCGCCAACGCACACCUCAUCCGCUUCGCCGCCACAACAACAAACGACGUCGUCAUCCCAGCUGCCACGUUGCCGCCGCCGCCGCAGCCGUUUGAUCCCUUGGUGGUGAGUAGGAGGAACGUCGGAGGAGGGUAUUAUGGUAAUAAUAAUAAUAAUAAUAAUAAUAACAUGGGGCUGCCGCCGUUUCCUUACGGCGGUGGAGGAGCUCUUCCUUGGAGCGAUGGGGAUCAUGGUGGUGGUGGUGGGAGUAUGUGA